UUCAUUAGAGAUGUGAUAUCUCUUACGGAAACCUAAAAUAGUCAUCCAAUUAUUUGAAAUUCAUCCAACAUUCUAUAUUUAGAAUGGCUAUUCUAUUUUAAGUGGCUGUUCUGUGUUAAAUGCGACAGGGUAUAAAAGAAGAGUGUAAAUAUUUAACGGAACAAUAUGCUGGAGCUGGGACCUAUAUUGAAGCCUGCUUAAGGGAUUUAUAGUUUUAAAUUUUCGUUAAAACCAUUGGAAAUCAUGACGCACCAGUACCAGCACAAGUCUACAACAAGCCGUGUGAUUCACGUCAACCUCCGCACAAGCAAAGAGUUGGAGAAAAAGCUGCGUCGCCUGGAGAAGGAACGGAAAGCUGCGUUACGGGAACUGAACAACGAGAGCAGGCAGUUUCUGAACAGCUCAUCCUGCAAAUGGAACACAGACUUUUCUUCGCAAGGUUUCCAGAAAUCACCAGGCUCCGCAUCAGGGGAGCUCUACGGGUGGUACAGUCCGCGUGACGUCACACAGACGCGUUUGUUGUCUAGGUCUUUGGAAACCAUGGCAACAGCGGGAGCCAGGUCUCCCACGCCAAGAUCAUCUUCGUACACAUCCGUCGAGAGUUCUCCGUCGUCGUCACCCGAGUCUAAAAAACGUCUCUUAAUAAACAGACGUCCAAGCAACGAAGGCCAAAUGAACAUUGAGUCAGUCAACGGACGUAUAUCCACUGCGAGAAAAUAUUCCUCUGUUGGUCACGACAAUGUGGGUGAAAUACGCGGGGGGUCGCUUAUCAACAUACCUCAGAUAGUUGUAAGCGCGGAAGAGUACCCGCGUGAAGACAACCCAAAAGUCGUGACUGAAAACGAAACAAUGCUACAACUUCCGGUUAAUGGUUAUGAAAAUAAACAAUCUUUAUCGCCAACUCCUAGGCGAAAUAGGAGCUCUUCAGUACCGUCAAUUUUCCCACCCGUUUCUUAUCUCGAAUCUUCUACUGCGACACAAAAUUUCACUGGGAGUAGAGACAAUUUAAUUUUCAAAGAAAAAAAAUCUGAAAUAGCACGACCGCGGAGCAACAGUAUUUCAGUGUCUUUUGCUUCGAUAUCGCGCGAAUCUCCAAGAGUUAACACCCCUCGUAGGAAGAGUCUAAGUGUCGAGAGACGAGCAACCAACAGGAGGUCAUCGUUUACCGUGGAUCAGCUGAUUCAAGAUUUGGCCCGUGGAAUAGACCAUAUGGACAUGUAUAAUCGUGCGAACAUUCUCCCUCCAGAGGAGUGGGAAAAGCUGAAAGAUUGCAGAUAUCUCAGAUUGCCCAACCCCGAAAAGGGGUAGCUCUUUAGUAGCUCUUUAGUGAAAAUAAAUAUAAAAAAAAACAUAAUUAUAUAGAUCUACUAACCGCAAACUUUUUUCUUAAUUCACCAUGUCGAUAGGUUUCAAAGUUCAUUUCAAAAAUAUAUAGAUCUAAUUUAUUUAGCAAAUAUACACUUUAACCCUCCCCCAAACUUUAUAAGUGC